AUGCGCCUGCGGAACGGCUUCACGCUACAUGGGGUCCCCUACGUGGUAAUUGUGCACGGCUCGGGAGAUAAGACGGUCCCUCUGGACGACUCCAUCCGCCUUCUUGAAACGGCAGAUGGGCCGGGUCGCAGCCGUCUAGAAGUCAUAAAUGACUCACAUGCGCUUAAGUCUAUAAAGCCGGAGGAGUUGCGUCAGUGGGUUGAGGAAGUGUUCACGCAGGGUAAGCAACAAGUACGGCUUCUUGCAGAUUCCGGCUCGAAAAAUGUGGAUCCAUCGUUAUAUGAGUGGGGAGAUCAGGAGACAGACGCAGGGAAGGCAGCGAAACUAGAACACGAAAUGGGAGACGAGGAUUCUAGCAGAGGAACUAGUGCCACGCAGGAGCCAACAGGAACGGGCAGCGUCUAA